UUUCUAAUGACGCUUUAGGGGAAACUGGACGACGCGCGUUAUUUUAUAAUUAUUCAAAAUGUUCAUAAGAUUCUGCAAUGAGACAAAAAUGUACGUUUGACUGUACAUUAUGGAACUUUUAACUUGUUACAACUAACAGGAAGUUUUUCUGGAAGGAUUUUGAUUCGCUAAACUCGAAUCAUUUACAUCAGUGUGUGACGAGAAUCUAUCUGUGUUAUGAAUCAUUCACUCGAUUAAUUAAAAUGACCGAGCCGAUAAAAAUGAGUCAUUUAACAACGACACCACUACGGACCUGACCAAUAUACUUUGAGCCUUCAUUGUGUCAACAAAUAUUGUAUAUGUAUACUUGGAAAGAGUUGCAAAUGGUUUCUUCAUCAGAAAUGCUCAUCUCUGCAGCACAGAAGUCACUGUGUCCUCGUAAGAAGCGUUUAUCUCCGGCCAGAUGUCUUGAUGUGACUGUUCAGAUAAUGGCUGUGGAUCUGGGCGUCAAACCUGCUCUACUUUACGACAGUAAUGCAGCUUCUCCAGAACAGCUUCAGAUGUAUCUCAGUUCUCUACAGGAGUCUGGAGUUGUAACCAAUCCAAUACGGAUUCUGUCCAUUGAUGGCAACACGUUCAUUUUUAAUCGUGCCUCUGUUGAGUCCCACCUGGACGAACUGCUCAAAAGCAAAGAUCUCAUUCUGAUGGACGUAUGUCCCUCAAGAAAACAACCCGUCUUGGCUGGCUUUGAAAAUAAAACUGAGGAUAUGAUCAAAACUCUUUCAGGAUUCUUCAUGACUGAGCUGGAUAAAGACUCCUCAGUGAUUGUACUGGGAGAGGAGUUGUAUAAUGACUGGAACUUGUGCACUCUUUUUGGAAUCCUGUUAGGUUAUCCAGCCUCAUACUGGUUUGACCAAACUGAAGGAUUCAGGAACUGUCUGUGUAUGACACCUCUGGUGGUGUGCACCGUUUGGGUCAAAUGGCACACCCGUGACAUCAAUCAUCGCUGUUGUCUUUACUCUUUCAGUGUUCCUGAAGAGCUAUGGCCACAAGUACAAUGGCAUGUACAUCAGUGGACAGAGAGUCUGAGAGAGAGAUUUAAUAAACAGCCAGUUCUGACUGAUCUCUGCUUUUUUAGGGAAACUGUCACUUUACCCUCUGUGACCCUUUGAAUAAAUUUGAUUUAUGUUUAUUUUUUAUUAUUAAAUAUGUGCUUACAUUGUUUAUUAAGUUUUUUAAUGCAUCGACUAUUUUCUGUAUCAUUUAUGCUAUUUUUUUCUUACCAAAGCAACGUGUAAUAUUGUGUGAAUAUAAUAAAUUUAGGCAGUGAAUCCCAACCUUUUUGAUUUCAGAUCUUUCAGAUUCCCAGUUCCAUGUUGGCGCUCAUAGGGUUCAUGUCAGGGAACUGAGACGGACAUGGCAGAUGAUUAAUUUUGUGCUCAGACAGUGACACAAAUCAGUGAUCAUUGUCCUGAUGGAAGAUAAAAACAUGGCCCAUUCUAAGACUGGCAGUAAGGUUUAGAUUUUUUUUUUUCUGUUGGUAUUUGAUAGAAUCCAUGAUGCCAUAUAUCUGAACAAGAUGUCCACGACCUCCGGCAGAAAAAUGGGACCACAACAUUAAAGAUCCAGCAGUAUAUUUUACCGUGGGCAUGGGGUAAUUUUCAUCCCUGUUUGCACCAAACCCAUCUGGUGUUUUUUUUUUCAUCUGAUCAUAAAAGCCAGCUAUUUUCUUAGAGCCACUUUAUAUUUUAUAAAGCUCAACAAUCUUGCUCUGCACAUCAGAACUAUAUUCUUUGGUUUUACCACUUUUGAUGGAUGACUAAGGGAAUUUGGCCUUCGUGUUCCUCAUAUUCAUAAUCAUGUGGAACAGGAAGUCAUUGGUGGAGAAUUUCAUGCUCAUGUAAGCAUGAAUGGGAAUAUACUUCAGAGA